CAAGCCCGGCCUCCUGAUAGCACAUUGAAAUGUAAAGCCUGUCUCCGGUGCCUUCAGGAAACAGAAAGAGAAAUUGUCUCUGUAGUUCCUGGUCACACAAGAAGACCUUUUUUUUCUUGAACGCGGUUUCGGACGGCGGACACGCUGGACGCUGGGCUGGAUCCACGGAGGAGGCACAAAGCGGACACCGUUUUCUUCCUCGGCGGUUGUAGCACGAUGGAACCAGCCUUUGGUGAGGUGAACCAGCUCGGUGGGGUUUUCGUGAACGGCCGGCCGCUCCCCAACGCCAUCCGGCUCCGGAUCGUGGAGCUGGCCCAGCUCGGGAUUCGACCCUGCGACAUCAGCCGGCAGCUACGGGUCUCCCACGGCUGCGUCAGCAAGAUCCUGGCCCGCUACAACGAGACCGGCUCCAUCCUCCCGGGAGCCAUCGGAGGCAGCAAGCCGCGGGUCACCACGCCCACUGUGGUCAAACACAUAAGGACCUACAAGCAGAGAGACCCGGGAAUUUUUGCCUGGGAGAUCCGGGAUCGGUUACUGGCGGACGGGGUUUGUGACAAGUUCAACCUGCCUUCCGUCAGCUCCAUCAGCCGGAUCCUCCGGAACAAGAUCGGGAAUCUGUCCCAGCAGAGCCAGUACGAGUCGGGCAAACAGCCGCCUCACCCACCGCCACAGCCCACGUUACCCUACAACCACUUGUACUCAUACCCGGCCUCCAAAGUGCCCACUCCCCCCGGCAUGCCCACGCUCCCCGGACACAUGGCCAUGCACAGGAUAUGGCCCUCCUCGCACUCUGUGACAGAUAUUCUGGGGAUACGGUCUAUUACAGAGCAACAAAUUAGUUACAUGCCACCCGUUUGCAGCGCCAAACUAGAAGAAUGGAGCGCUUUUAACAGGACUAAUUUCCCAGCAGCGAGAUCUCCUAUAGUCAGUGGCGUGGAUAAUGCGCAUUUAAAUCCAGACGCAAAAUACGCAGCAAAUGGACACACGCAGAGUGGAUUGCCCACAGUGAACAGCUAUGCCACAGCACCCAGCAUCCAUCCCUACCGCCCUCCCACCCCAGCGUCACCCUACAUGGGGUACAGCGCCACCAUGUCGGGUUAUGUGACCGGACCCACAUGGCAGCCGGCCAAUGGCAGUGCUCUAUCUCCCCGCAGCUGUGACAUCACCACUCCUCUGGCCUUCAAGAGCAUGGCGGCCAAUCGUGACGCCAUCCACCUGGUCGCCGCGUCGGCCCUGUGAGGUCACGGGCUGGUGGCAGAGAGAGGGGGAGUCAACGGGGCGAGAGACGAGGAGGAUGGUGCUGCCCUUCCAUGAAGGAUCCCAGAUUAGCUCCAUCAGAGCCUGCCACCCCACACACAGACUCAGACCCACACACACACACACACACACACAGAGUAGAGUCGACGCAAACAGACUGGUUGUCCAAAACAGCGGGCAGGACAGGUGUUCUGAAGGACUGGUGUGUGACUGCUCCUCCAUCCAGCUGCAUUACUCCUCUCAGACUCUUUACUCCACUCUUUGGGCAAAAGGGGUAACGUAUAAGUUCAGGAAUCAAGGAAAAAAAGGCAAACACUCGGCCCGAGUGUUUCAGUGUGCUUGUUAAUAACUUGUUACUGCUUCUCUCUUGUACAUUUUUCUGUUGUGAUUUGAUACGAUAGAUUUUCCCGUUCCUCUGAGAGAGUGGCCCGAGGAGGAGCCACGCUGACCUUUUAUUUAUUAGUUUAAGGUACGUUGAAUGAAGUGCAAUUAGCCUCACAGGAAGCAUGGAAACCUUCAUGCACAUUUGGACUAAAUUGGCUUUGGUCUCAUGUCGGAUUAUGGACAAAUGUUGCACAAUGCAAUUGAAUGUAUCUUAUUAAAUGUUACUGGUUUUCACA